CCCCCUUUUUAACCCUAAUUUACCAUUUUUGUGGUUUUGCCAAUGCCAGCUAGCCUGUCUGCCAAACCCCAAAGCAAUCCUUCUCUCCUCUCAGACAAUAAACAAAUUAACUAAAAAAUUAAAUAAAGAAAAGAGAAGAAAAGAAGAGUUUGUUCAUCAAAUGAAAUGAGAACACAGAAAAGUUAGCUACAGGGGACCUUGACCUUUCUUUCUCUUUCAGAUCUCUUUGCUUUGUCGCCUAGACUUGGAUCUUUGGAGUUUUCCGCAGUGGAUGAGUUUGAAGAAGUAAAGAUCUUGAGAUGAAUUCCUCCUCAGGGUUUUUGAUCCUUGUAGUGAUGUAAGAUCUUAGGGAUUUAUAGAGAUGGAGGAUUUGAGUGGAAGAGUAGCUUCCCCAAUCAUGAUUCACCAUCAAUCACUUGCCGGUGGGUUGUGUGACCCUCGUUCUGUUGCGAAAAAACGCGGUCUUUCGUUUCAGCCUACGCAGAAGCGGGAUUCAUGGAAUCCCAGAGCUUGGGAAUGGGAUAGCGCCAGGUUUGUGGCCAAACCGGUAGAAUCUGAUGCGCCGCGGCCGGAAUUGCAGAGGAGAAGCCAGGAACAGUUGAAAGAACAAAGCUUUAACGACAAGCCUAUCUGUGUCGUGGAAGAUGAUGAGACUCUUACGCUCAACCUUGGCGGUUGCGUGUUGAAUUCGGCAGAAGAGGCGCUGUCGCGUCCCAGUAAACGAGUCCGAUCUGGAUCUCCUAACACCUCUAACUAUCCUAUGUGCCAAGUUGAUAACUGUAAAGAAAAUCUCACCAAUGCUAAGGACUACCACCGACGCCAUAAGGUCUGUGAGGUGCACAGUAAAGCAAGCAAAGCUUUGGUCGGGAAGCAGAUGCAACGGUUUUGCCAGCAGUGUAGCAGGUUCCACCCGCUUUCGGAAUUCGAUGAGGGUAAGAGAAGCUGUAGGCGAAGACUUGCUGGGCAUAACAAGAGGAGGAGAAAAACUCAGCCUGAGGAGACAACAUCGCGGCCAAUGCUUCCUGGGAGCAAUGAUGCUCCUGGGAAUCGAGACUUGGAUAUUGUCAAUUUGCUAGCAGUUAUAGCCUCUGCUCAAGGUAACAAUGAGAAAAGGAGCACUAACCUCUCACCUCUACCUGAUAAAGACCAGAUAAUGCAAGCUCUUAGUAAAAUUAAUUCAUUACCCUUGCCAGCUAAUGUAGUUGACAAAUUGCCCAUUAGUGGGAGCUUAAAUGGUACCAAUGCCAAUCAAUUACCCUCAUCGGGCAAAGCUAGGGAGAACACCGCAUCUCCUUCAACUCGGGACCUGCUUGCUGCACUUUCAGCAGCUUCGGCUGGUGCUGCUUCUGAUGCAGUUGAUGUUCAGUCCCAAAGAAGCAGCCAAGGGAGUGACUCCGAGAGAAGUAAAUCAGCGUGUGUUGGACAUGAUACACGGAUCAAUUUCCAAAAACGGCCACCUUUAGAGCUUUCAUCAGUUGGAGGAGAGAAAAGUAGCACAAGUUACCAAUCACCUGAGGAUCUAGACUCAAACAUUCAAGAGACUCAUCAUAAUUUACCACUACGGCUUUUUACUUCCCCCGCUGAAGAUGUUUCCACACACACACCUCCAGUUGGCAGGAAGUAUUUCUCUUCUGAGAGCAGUAAUCCUUCAGCAGGGAGGUCGCCUUCAUCUUCUCCGCCAGUUGUGCAGAAACUAUUUCCUGUGCAGGACUCUAGAGGAUCAACGAACCCUGAUAGGAUAUUUGCCAGCAGGGAGGAGAAUAGCAAUGUUAAGGAAGCUAAAACAAAUGGUUGUGUAACGUCGUUUCAGCUUUUUGGAGGCUUAAUAACUGGGGCCGACAGUUACUCGAUUCAAAGUUCUCCUUAUCAGACAGGCUACACAUCUUCUUCUGGAUCUGAUCAUUCACCUGCUAGUUUGAACUCCGAUGCUCAGGAUCGAACUGGACGCAUAAUGUUUAAACUAUUUGACAAAGAUCCCAGUCACUUGCCUGGGUCACUGCGAACGCAGAUCUACCACUGGCUCUCAAAUAUUCCUUCAGAAAUGGAGAGUCACAUUAGGCCUGGUUGUGUAGUUCUGUCACUUUAUUUGUCCAUGCCGUCUCCUCUGUGGGAGCAACUAGAAGAAAAUCUCUUCCAAUAUGUUAAGGCAUUGAUUAAAGAUGUUGAUCCUCAAUUUUGGGCAAGUGGAAGAUUUAUAGUUAGAACCGACAAGCGAUUGGCCUCACAUAAUGAUGGUAACAUACAUGUAUACAAAUCCAGGAGAGCGUGGAGAUCCCCAAAGUUGAUGUGUGUCUCCCCUUUGGCAGUUGUUGGCGGGCAGGAGAUAUCUCUCACGCUCAGGGGGACAAAUUUGAAUUUCCCCGGCACUAAGAUUUAUUGCACACAUGCAGGUGGCUACAGAAUAAGGUCGGUCAAAACAUCAACUUGGCAGGAUACUGUCUGUGAGGAAAUAAUCAUUGGCAAUUUUAUGAUCCAUGGCACGGCUCCUAAUGUACUGGGGCGCUUUUUCAUUGAGGUUGAAAAUGGUAUCAGAGGCACCAGUUUUCCUAUUAUUGUAGCUGAUAAUGCAGUGUGUGAAGAAUUGAGGUGCCUUGAAUCUGAUAUAAGCGAAGCUGAGAAUGUUCGUGGUGCAGCUUUAGGACAUGGAAACCCUGGUUUUGAAAUGUCCAGGUCAAAGGAAGUUGUCCAUUUCUUAAAUGAGCUUGGGUGGUUAUUUCAAAGAAAGUGCAGCUCCUCAUUUGAGAGUCAAGAUUUUAAGAUUAUCCGCUUCAAAUUUCUGCUAAUAUUCUCUGUUGAGCAUGAUUUUUGUGCACUGGUCAAAACUCUUCUAGACAUUCUGCUGGAGAUUAACUUGGCUAUGAAAGGGCUAGAAAAUGAGUCUUUGGAGAUGCUAUUAGAACUCCAACUUCUGAGCAGAGCUGUUAAAAGGAAAUGCAAGGACAUGGUUGAUUUGCUUAUUAAUUUCUCCGUAUCUGUACCUGGUCACGACGUAAAGUAUAUUUUCCUACCAAAUCUUCCCGGGCCUGGUGGUAUUACACCUUUGCAUCUUGCAGCUUGUACAGCAAAUUCAGACGAUGUGGUUGAUUCUUUGACAAGCGAUCCACAGGAGAUUGGUUUGCAUUGCUGGAAUUCCCUUGUUGAUGAAAAUGGACUCUCCCCUAAUGCGUAUGCUUUAAUGAGGAAUAACCACUCCUAUAACAAUCUUGUAUCUCAGAAGCUUGCCAACCGGGAAAAUGGCCAUGUAUCUGUAUCGAUUGGGGGUGAAAUAGAUCAGCUAGAAAUGGACGAGGGCCAUAAUAAACAGGCAUUCCAGGUUGACCAGGGCCCCAAAUCGUGUUCGAAGUGUGCAGCUGCUGCAAUGAGACAUAGCCGCCGGGGGGUUCCUGGUUCACAAGGAUUACUUUAUCGCCCAUACAUUCAUUCGAUGCUUGCUAUUGCUGCUGUGUGCGCUUGUGUCUGUGUCUUCUUUCGAGGCGCCCCGGAUAUUGGGUCAGUCGCCCCCUUCAAGUGGGAGAACUUGGAUUUCGGCCCACUGUAACUCAAGAUUGACUAGAGCGAGAAAUUUGAAGUUUGAACCUCGAUUGAUAUAUAGGUUGUUGUAGUAAAAACUAAUCGGAGGGACAUAUAUAAUAACCAAGCAGCAGAUGGAGGACCACUUGUUCGUGAAGAUGACCUCGUCCUAUCAGUGGAACCACCGGGAAGGCUCGUGUGCUGCCUGCUCCAGUCCCGAAUACUAUCUAUGCUUUAUACAACAAGUGUUUCUAAGUUUCGAGUGGAGUCAAAACUCAGAAUGGUAUUGCGGCAUUUGUCUCUGUAGUGGCGGCUGGGGUUCGGCUCGGGCAAUUGCAACGUAACUUUUGAUGAAAUGGAAGAGGGAAGAGGUAUAACCGCUAAACCGAGGCGACGAGGCAAGAACAUGAGGCUGUUAUUGUAAAGCUCAUCAAGUAAGUUGUUCUGUUGGCUAGUGAUAGGAUUCUGGUAAGUUGACUAAUUUCUUUUUGUUCUCUUUUGUUUGUAUUUUUUUUUUUUUUUUUGGGUGGGUGUGGGUGGACUAGAGGAUAACUGACUUUGGCUCCAUUUUGUUACUGUAAAGAAUUAGUAGGUGCACCAGAUGUUACACUAUUUAAUAUCUAUAUCAUAUAUGGUUGGACAGUAACUAUUAUUCUUUUCAAAUAUAUUGACAAUAAUAUAGUACUCCGUAUUUGAUGUUUCA